AUGUCACUUUUCCCAACACAAUGGAUAGCCAAGUCCAUACCAUUUCUAGGGCAAGAAAAACCUUGUAUAUAUGGUUUUACUUACAAUUCAGAGUGCUACUACUAUGGACUCUAUUUAUGUAACUUUGAGAAUGUAUGGAAACAAGAGGUGGACAAACAAAAGUUGGUUCAUAUUGCCAAAACAAUUGGAAUUGAAGAUAUGUCUGAUGACGAUUUAGUGGAACUCAUCAAUGACAUUAGUCGUUAUAUCCCAGAGAAAAUGGUGUUUGAGCAGGAUGAUGUGAAUGUUAGGGCAAGAACAAUUGGCGAUAUAGAAUGGAGAUUCAAUCUCUCGAGACAAAACCAGGAGCAAACUAUAGAAUUUCUUUAUAAAUUAAACUAUCAGCAGUUUGAAAAUAUUUGUUUCAUGAAAUUCCAAGUUGACAGUCUAAAAGAAAUUAUUUCAGUAAAAGAUCAGUAUUCGAGAUUUUUAGCCACAAAUUUCAAGCAAAGUCAUGGCAUGGAUAUGAUAAACAACUACAAGAAAAAUAAUCAGUCUGAUAUUGAGUUUAUAGAAAGGUUUAGCCCGAAAAAAUGGGACAAGAAGGUGGUCAGCCAGUAUAGAAACCUACAAUCAAAGAACAACAGGUCUAGCAUCAAUGGAUUGAAAAUCUGUAUUGAAACAGCAAUUAAUACAAUCUCAAAAUUUGCCAGUUUGUUUUCUGAGAAUGAAGCAAAAGAAGAAGAACAAUCAAGUCCUGUGAAACUAGAUCCCGUGGAGGAUUCUCAAUUGGUGAAAGUCUCACCUUCACCCUCCCAGUCAGACGCACAGUCGACCCAGUCAGCCAAUUCAAAUUCAAUGGGAUCACCAAUCAAGCGACGGAUAUCUACCUAUGAGCUGCUUGUUCCGACUUCAAUGUCUCAGGCAUCACAAAGUAGCCAAGAUACUCAAUCGCCAAGAAAGAAACGUAAAAUAGGAUCUUUAUUUAAAAAAUGA